CUACCUGGGAAUUAUAAACGCGAAGUUAAUGCCGGGCCUUUUAACAUUGUUACCAUAUCCUUUAAUAUGACGCGAUGGCGCGGCGGAGGUCAUGGCUAGGCCAAACAUGGCUUCCCGUAGUUAAUCAUAGGAAAUACGCGUCGGAUUUUUCCUUCGCAUCUAGCCGGGAAGUAUGUAAGGCUUCUAAUCGCCGGCUCGGAUGGUCCCCUUUUUCUUUUCUCUCCUCAGGGCGCAAGUUACCUUGUGCCUGAUAGGGAGCUCUCGUUGGAAGCACCGCCUUAUAGAUCGACAACAAUAGCGCGUGGUCCUUUGUCGCGUACUUGAAUAUUAUCGAUAUGGCUUCUAGUACGAGCAAAUCUCUGGCGAUAGCCAACGACAGGGUUGUCACUGACAGUAGCGACGAUGCCUCAACGACGGCGGACCAAGAGCUUCCAGUCAUCAACUCUGAACUCGAAAAGGGCGUCAUGAAGAAGAUCGACUUGUGGCUCGUUGGAUUCUACUCUUUAGUUUAUGUUUUUCGAGUAAUCGAUUCAGCCAAUUACUCUAACGCAGCCAUCAUCAACCUCGAGAAUGGCACAGGCAUCAAGAAGCAACUCGGACUUAGCCCUUCGCAGUGGGCGUGGACACUAUCCAUCUUCUCGUAUAGUUACAUGAUAUUCGAGCCGACAAACACGCUUGCGAUGAAAGUGUUCUCGCCCUCGAGGUGGAUGUUUGUUCUUAUCCUUGGUUGGGGUAUCGCCGCUUGUUCGUCAGCUGCAGCGCAGGAUUUUAAAGGAAUGAUGUGCGUUCGUUUUGCUAUCGGAUUGGCUGAGGCGGGAUUCUUCCCUGCUGUGCUUUAUCACAUGGCCUUCUGGUACAAACCCAGCGAAAUGCCGCAACGGAUCGCUAUCUUUUACUCGGUCGGCCAACUUUCACCGGCCGUAAGUGGACUGCUGGCCUAUGCCAUUGGAUUCAUGGACGGAUUAGGAGGCCUCUCAGGUUGGCGGUGGCUGUUCUUGAUUGAGGGAAUGCCCGCCAUCGUCCUCUCAGUGGUAGCACUAUGGCUGCCGGAUUACCCCGAGACAGCCCGAAUGCUCAACGAUAAGGAACGGCUGUUCCUUCAAGAUCGCCUUGCUGAUACGGCGCCAACGGGUAAGAAAGGACACUGGGAUUUUGAGUCAUUGAAAGCUCUUGUGAGAAACCCUACCUUUUACACAUUUGCCGUGUAUUGGAUCUGUCAUGGAAUUGGUGGGUUCGGUGUUGGAACUGCACUUCCUACCGUCAUUUAUGAGUUGGGUUUCACAACGACCUCCAACUCUCAGCUCAUGAAUAUCCCUCCAUAUGUCUCCGCAUUUCUCUUCCUGAAUAUUGUUGGGUACUUUUUGCAUAAGAAGUCUAUCAGGCCCUGGACCACUGCUGUAGCGAUCGAAUCGACGAUCAUUGUCUGCUACAUCAUCCUGUACACAGUUCAUAAUGCGGUGGUACGGUACAUCUUUUUGAUCAUCGCUGUAUCAUGCGCAGGUUCAGCUUAUCCAGUCAUUUGGCCUGAGCGUAUUCGCGCGAUCGAGGGGACGGUGGCGUCAGGUCUUGGGAUCGGAUUCACCAACGCCAUGGCGCAAUUUAGCGGAAUCGCGGGCCCCCACGUCUUCAGCACAGUGUUUGGUCCGUCGUACCAUGUCUCAUACGGAAUUUGCCUUGGAUUCCUGUGUGUUGGCAUCGCAGCAAUUCUCCUUUCUUGGUUACUUGUUUGGAGAAGGGAUCGCAAGAGAGAGGCGGAACAGGCCCAACGAGAGGGAGAAGCUGUUAUUUAG